AUGCGCGUCGAGCACGCCUUAGCGCUGCUCGUCUUCGCUGUCGCGGCGUGUCACGCUGCCGGCGCGGCUCGCAGAAGCGCUGUGUACGCCGACAGCAGCAGCAGCAGCGUCCACUUCGUGUCGCCAGAUGAGGCCAGAGAGCUUCGCGAGGAGGUCCGGGCCAUGUUCUAUCAUGGCUAUAACGGGUACAUGCGUCAUGCGUUCCCUCUGGAUGAGCUUCGCCCUCGAUCAUGCAAAGGAGAGGAUUCACUGGGUGGUUACACCCUCACGCUGAUUGACUCGCUGGAUAGCCUGGCGUUGCUUGGCAACAAGACCGAAUUCGCCUCGGCGGUCAGAUGGCUCUCUGCACACCUCAACUUCGACAAGAACAAGACCGUGUCUCUGUUUGAGACGAACAUUCGAGUCAUGGGUGGGCUGCUGUCAGCACACCUCAUUGCAUCCGACCCUGCACUGGGCAUGCAGGUGCCUGGAUACGACAACGAGCUGUUGAGACUAGCAGAGGACCUGGGCAGGCGACUGCUGCCUGCAUUCGACACACCAACAGGCAUCCCUUUUGGCUCUGUCAACCUGCGCCAUGGGGUGCUGCGAGGGGAGAGCAAGGUGACAGCAACAGCAGGUGGCGGCACACUUGCACUCGAGUUUGGCGUGCUCAGCCGCCUCACAGGCGAUCCAGUCUUUGAGGACGUGGCGCGCAACUCAGUGAGGGGUCUGUGGGCGCGCAGGUCGUCCCUUGGGCUUCUAGGGGCGCAUGUAGACAUCUUCACGGGAGAGUGGACACACAAGGAUGCGGGGGUCGGAACCAGCAUUGAUUCGUUCUACGAGUACCUAAUAAAGGCGCACAUUCUAUUCGGCGACUUUGAGUAUCUGCACAUCUUCCAAGCAGCCUAUGAUGCCGUCAUGACACACAUAUUUCAUGACCCAUGGUACGUGGAGGUCAACAUGGAUGUGGCAGUGGUCGUCUGGCCUCUCUUCAACUCCCUCCAAGCUUUUUGGCCCGGAUUGCAGGUCAUGAUUGGUGACAUUGACCGCGCAGCUCGCUCCCACCGUGCCUUCUUCUCCGUCUGGCGGCGGUACGGGUUCACUCCGGAGGGAUUCAACCUGGCGCAGUCAGCAGUGCAGCCGGGGCAGACCUCAUACCCUCUGCGACCAGAGCUGGCAGAGAGCACGUACUGGCUGUAUAAGGCCACCAGAGACCCCUUCUACCUGGCCGUUGGGAGGGACAUGGUUGCUAGCCUGGCGCUGACGCGCUGCCGAUGUGGCUACUGCCACGUCAGCGACGUCGAGACACAUGCCCUGGACGACCACAUGGAGAGCUUCUUCCUCUCGGAAACUGUGAAGUACCUGUAUCUUCUCUUUGACUUGGCUUUGGGAGGAGACAACAUCAUGGACAACGGGCCGUACCAGUAUGUGUUAACAACAGAGGGUCAUCUGCUCCCUCUGACUCCUGAAAUCUCUUUUCCCUCGGAGCACUGCUCCUAUCUCAACAGCUUCUGUGCCCCACCCCAAGCUAGCAGUUGCCGGGUUCAAGAGGAGGGUGCUGGGGAGGGUGGGUUGGGGGAAGGGGGAGGUGCAGCUGGGGAAGGGAGCGACUGGUUGGGAGAGGUGGAAGGGGAUGAGGAGGGAGAGGGACAGGGUAAGUCGGGAGAGGGGGGAGGGAGGGGUGGGGAAGAACGGUUGAAGGGAGAGGUUACGAAGGAGGAAAAAGGCAGCGCUAGUAGUAGUAGUGGUGGUGGUGGUGCCGAUGCCAAUGCAGAUACCACAGGCCGUGAUGGCAAGGCUGCAGGAAUGGAGACGGGAAUGAGUGGGGAUAUGCAGAAACAGCAGGAGGAGAUUGAUCCAAAUGUGGAAGUGAUUGCGAAAGGGAAGACAUGGGUACUGACUCGUAAUAAAGGGAUAGAAAAGACAGAUUCUUCUAGCCCUCUCUCAGGGUCACCCUCUGCUGCUGAUCCUCACUCAAGCAGCAGUGACAGCAGCAGCAGUGCUGCUAUAACUGGCACCAGUGGCAGUGCUAGUGGCAAUGGUGGUGCUAUAGAAGACGAUGGGGAGGAGGAGGCAGAGGAGGAGGAGGUGGAGGAUGAGGAGGAAGAGGAAGAGGAGGAGAGCGAGGGAGUGACGGGAGGCCAGCAUGAGAGGAGGACAGGUUCGCAUGACGUGUCGGAACAGUUUGAUACGUACAGAGAUUUGCAGACUUCCAUCUCUCAAACAAAAAUGGGUGCAUUCAAUGUUGGAAGCGCGGUAAGGUCUCAGAAUGUUUUUCUAUAG